AUUAAAAUGGCAGAUAUACAAUAAAUGGAAUCAAAAAAAAUCAAAACAAUAAAAAAUAUACAUGUUGUAUUGACAAUUUCUAGCAUGAGCAACAAACAAGAGAAUUGAAAACAGUAUGUAACUCUCAGGAUCACAGUCCCAACAUUUUUUGUGACAACUCUUGUGUUUGCUACGUUCAUUCCGAACCAAUAAGUCGUUUUGUUGUUAUACUUAUAUAAGUAGAGGAAAAGAAUGGAGUCCGGGGCGUCAAAUACAAAUACAUAUACAAAUACAAGGCGGAUGGAUACGUCAAGUAAAAGUUUGAUGAAAGAACUAAAGAAGGCGAGUAUGGUAGCAGCACCAAUGAUAACAGUGUCAAUACUCCAAUAUAUGGUUGACGUUGUGGCGUUAAUGAUGGUUGGUCAUCUUGGGGAACUUCCUUUGGCUAGUGUUGCCAUUGCCAUCUCUGUUACUAACGUUACUGGCUUUAGUCUCUUUAUAGGACUAUGUGGUGGGUUAGACACUCUAUGUGGGCAAGCAUAUGGAGCCAAACAACACAAACAAAUAGGAACAUAUGUUUACAGUGCAAUCAUAUCUUUACUUUUGAUCUGCAUCCCAAUCAUCCUGUUAUGGAUUUUCAUGGACAAAUUACUUAUAUUACUGGGUCAAGACCCAGAAAUAUCGAUAGAAGCUCGAAAAUUUUCGGUUUGGCUAAUCCCGGGACUCGUUGCUGCUGCCAUCUACAAUCCCAUGAUUCGGUUUUUGCAAUGUCAAAGUUUGGUUUUGCCAUUGUUGUUAAACUUUGGAGCUGGUCUUGGAAUAACAAGUUUAUUUGCUUGGAUUUCUGUUUAUAAAUUGAAGUUUGGGAUUGAAGCUGUUGCCUUUUCUCUUAGCCUUUGUGGUUGUCUAAAUAUAUUGUUUCUUGGACUUUAUAUUCACUUUUCUGCGGCUUGUGAAAAAACUCGUGUACAAUUCUCCAAACAAGUUUUCUACAACAUUUGGCCUUUUCUUCGAUUUGGGUUUCCUGCGGCUUUGAUGGUUUGCCUCAAGUGGUGGGCUUUCGAAAUCGUGACAUUAUUGGCAGGUCGUCUUCCCAAUCCACAACUAGAGACAUCGGUACUUUCUAUAUGUUUAAAUAUAUCAACAUUACACUUCACAAUACCACUUGGAUUAGGUAUUGCUGUAGGUAUAAGAGUGUCGAAUGAGAUCGGAGCAGGAAAUCCAUAUGUAGCAAAGCUAUCAGCGUGGGUUGUAACAUGUACCGUUGUAAUAGAAGGACUUCUUGCAAGUGUGAUCCUAUUUGGUUGUCGUCAUAUAGUAGGCUAUGCUUACAGUCAUGUGAAAGAAGUCGUUAAAUAUGUAUCUACUUUGGUUCCUUUCCUUUGUAUUUCCAUCAUCACGGAUGGCCUUCAGAUGGUCCUUUCUGGAAUUGCAAAAGGAAGUGGAUGGCAGAGACUUGGAGCAUAUGUUAACCUAGGAGCAUUUUACUUGGUAGGGAUUCCGGUGGCUAUAGUGCUCGGAUUUGUUUACCAUAUGAAAGCGAGAGGUUUAUGGAUCGGAAUACUUGUUGGAUCAGUCUUACAGUCGAUACUACUCCUUGUAGUAGCUGCACAAGCCGAUUGGCAAAAACAGGUAAAUCAUCUCCUAUUUCCAAUUUGUGUGAAGGAUUUACUAUUUUCUGCUGUGAAUCAACUGAAGCAUUUAAGUCUAUAUGCAGGCUAGCAAGGCAAGGGAGAGAACAACUGAAGGCAGUAAUGAACGGAAUGUGAAUGAGACACCUGAUUGAUUGUGUAGUGAUCAAUUGUGCAAUUUUUAGUCAAUUGUCUACAUUAGAUUUCCUCUAUUUUUGUUUUGUUCUUUUGGCUUUUAGUUUAUGUAAAGAUAAGGCAAUAAUAAAUUACCUUUAUAUAUGUUUAUAAGUUUAAGGGAUAUUAACAUCUGAAAUUGAUGAACCCAUAUUAACCCAUUUAGCUCAAGAGGGGAGUUGAGAGGCUAUCUACACGGGAAAGAGCGGAGAAGACAAAGAAAGGAAAGGGAAGAAAUGAAAGAGCAUUUCACGGUUAGGAGAAUCAUCUUACAGGCAAGAGGAGGAAAGAGGACUUGAUGUUCCUAUAGGAAGUGAGAAUCGAAUCCAUGGUGAGAGAGAAAGUCUUCAACCGCUAGGUCAACCUAUGAUUCUGAACUAAGGAGCAUUGAAUGCAAUAGGAGUUGGUGCUUCGGCCAUAAGGUCGAACUGUCGAACUCAUGAAGAGGCAUACAUCUCGAAUAAGUCUAAUGUGGUUGAUCUUGAACCUUUAGUCAUUGCUGAAAAGUCAUCUUACAAGUAGAAACCUAUUCAGAUCCUUUGAGAAAAAGAUGUUCAGUAUGAGGAAGGAUAUCACGAUGAUGAUGAUCUUUUGGUCUAAUCGCAUACAUAGAAGGCAAGGCCACUCGGAAACCUAAGUUUUCAUAGAUGGAUCCUCAUUUUCCUUUAGUGUUUAGUUAAUUUAACAUCAAACCAAAAAUAAUAGGCUGCAUUGGAAUUACUUAAGUUUAAAGUAGUGAAGUCUAAAUUUGAUUCCAGGUUGAGUCCAAAAAUUCAAGUCCAGUCCAGAUUUUUCCUUCCUAAGUCCAAUUAUUUUCUUAAAAUGACAUUUAAAACUU